GCGCGGGAGCCGCUGGCGCGCGGGGCGCCUGCUGCGCAUGCGCAGCGAGCUGGCGCUUCUCUAGCGCCGCGAGUUACGGCUGCCCGCUCUCCCGGCGGGCUUCGGCAGGAAUGGAGCCGCUGGACGAGCUGGACCUGCUGCUGCUGGAAGAGGACGGCGGAGCGGAGGCCGUGCCGCGGGUGGAGCUACUUCGGAAGAAGGCGGACGCUUUGUUUCCAGAGACAGUUCUGAGCCGAGGAGUGGAUAACCGGUACCUGGUGCUAGCUGUUGAGACCUCGCAGAAUGAAAGAGGAGCCGAGGAGAAGCGCUUGCACGUCACGGCGUCCCAGGACCGAGAGCACGAAGUUCUGUGCAUCCUGAGGAAUGGCUGGAGCUCAGUACCAGUUGAGCCAGGGGACAUCGUUCACUUAGAGGGAGACUGCACAUCUGAGCCGUGGAUAAUAGACGAUGACUUUGGAUAUUUUAUUCUGUACCCGGACAUGAUGAUCUCCGGCACAAGCGUCGCUAGCAGCAUUCGGUGUCUGAGAAGAGCUGUCCUGAGCGAGACCUUCAGGGGCUCUGAUCCAGCCACUCGCCAGAUGCUGAUCGGUACAAUUCUCCACGAAGUCUUUCAGAAAGCGAUAAGUGAGAGCUUUGCUCCAGAAAGGCUACAAGAGCUUGCUCUUCAGACCCUCCGAGAAGUGAGGCAUUUGAAGGAAAUGUAUCGCUUGAAUCUGAGCCAAGAUGAAAUACUCUGUGAAGUUGAGGAGUAUCUCCCUUCUUUCUCUAAGUGGGCGGAGGACUUCAUGCGUAAGGGCCCUUCGUCUGAAUUCCCUCAAAUGCAGCUCUCUCUGCCAAGCGAUGGCAGUAACAGAAGUUCACCUUGUAACAUUGAAGUAGUCAAGUCACUGGAUAUCGAAGAAAGCAUCUGGUCCCCUAGGUUUGGACUGAAGGGCAAAAUAGACGUCACAGUCGGGGUCAAAAUACAUCGAGAUUGUAAAAUGAAAUACAAGGUAAUGCCACUGGAGCUGAAGACCGGCAAAGAGUCCAACUCCAUCGAGCACCGGAGUCAGGUGGUCCUGUACACGCUGCUAAGCCAGGAGAGGCGAGAGGACCCCGAGGCUGGCUGGCUUCUCUACCUCAAGACCGGGCAGAUGUACCCUGUGCCCGCCAACCAUCUGGACAAAAGAGAACUGCUGAAGCUCAGGAACUGGCUGGCCGCCUCGCUGCUGCACCGUGUGAGCCGAGCAGCUCCGGGGGAGGAAGCUCGGCUCUCUGCCUUGCCACAGAUAAUCGAGGAAGAGAAAACUUGUAAAUACUGUUCGCAGAUAGGCAACUGUGCUCUUUAUAGCAGAGCAGUUGAAGAGCAGGGAGAUGACGCAUCCAUCCCAGAAGCCAUGCUGUCCAAAAUCCAGGAAGAAACACGGCACCUGCAGCUGGCGCACUUGAAGUAUUUCAGCCUGUGGUGUCUCAUGUUAACGCUGGAGUCGCAAUCUAAAGACAACCGGAAGACUCACCAGAGUAUCUGGUUAACGCCUGCCUCUGAACUGGAGGAGAGUGGCAACUGUGUUGGAAACCUGGUCAGGACGGAGCCUGUAUCAAGAGUUUGUGAUGGACAGUAUUUACAUAAUUUUCAGCGGAAAAAUGGUCCCAUGCCAGCCACCAAUCUGAUGGCAGGUGACAGGAUUAUUUUAAGUGGAGAAGAGAGAAAACUAUUUGCUUUGUCCAAAGGCUACGUGAAGAAGAUGAACAAGGCAGCCGUUACCUGCUUGCUAGACAGGAACUUGUCGACACUCCCAGCAACAACGGUGUUUCGAUUAGACCGGGAAGAAAGACAUGGCGACAUAAGUACUCCACUAGGAAAUCUGUCUAAAUUGAUGGAAAGCACAGAUCCCAGCAAAAGACUUCGAGAAUUAAUCAUCGAUUUCAGGGAACCUCAGUUCAUCGCCUACCUCAGCUCCGUCCUUCCACACGAUGCGAAGGAUACGGUGGCCAACAUUCUAAAGGGUUUGAAUAAACCCCAGAGACAAGCAAUGAAGAGAGUCCUUCUUUCGAAAGACUACACGCUCAUUGUUGGGAUGCCAGGGACAGGAAAGACAACCACCAUCUGUGCCCUGGUGAGGAUCCUCUCUGCCUGUGGGUUCAGCGUUCUGCUGACCAGCUACACGCACUCCGCCGUUGACAAUAUUCUCCUGAAGUUAGCCAAGUUUAAAGUCGGAUUUUUGCGCUUGGGUCAGUCUCAUAAGGUCCAUCCAGACAUCCAGAAGUUUACAGAGGAGGAGAUUUGCAGAUCGAGGUCCAUUGCGUCUUUAGCCCAUCUAGAAGAACUCUAUAACAGUCACCCUAUUGUUGCAACAACCUGCAUGGGAAUAAAUCACCCAAUAUUUUCCCGAAAAACCUUUGAUUUCUGUAUUGUGGAUGAAGCAUCUCAAAUCAGCCAGCCCGUCUGCCUGGGCCCACUGUUCUUUUCGCGGAGGUUUGUGCUGGUGGGGGACCAUCAGCAGCUGCCUCCCCUGGUUGUAAACCGAGAGGCAAGAGCUCUGGGCAUGAGCGAGAGCUUGUUCAAGAGGCUGGAGCGGAACGAGAGCGCUGUGGUGCAGCUGACCGUGCAAUACCGAAUGAACAGGAAGAUUAUGUCCCUGAGCAACAAGCUCACAUACGCAGGGAAACUGGAGUGUGGGUCAGACCGAGUGGCCAACGCAGUGCUAGCCCUGCCCAACCUCAAGGACGCAAGGCUGAGCCUCCAGCUUUAUGCCGACUACUCUGACAGCCCCUGGCUGGCUGGAGUGUUAGAGCCAGACAAUCCCGUGUGUUUCCUUAACACAGACAAGGUCCCAGCUCCAGAGCAAGUUGAAAAUGGUGGUGUUAGCAAUGUCACAGAAGCCAGACUCAUUGUCUUCCUAACCUCAACUUUUAUAAAGGCUGCAGCCCCUCAGACAUUGGCGUCAUCGCCCCGUACCGACAGCAGCUGCGGAUCAUCAGCGACUUACUGGCCCGGUCUUCUGUUGGGAUGGUUGAGGUUAACACAGUAGACAAAUACCAAGGAAGGGACAAGAGUCUCAUCCUGGUGUCCUUUGUUAGGAGUAAUGAGGAUGGAACUGUAAGUUCACUAUCUGCUGCUGACAGAUCUCCCUCCCUCCUUCCCUUCCGGCCUCACGUGAUCAACGCUAAAAUCCAAGGCCUUGGGUUUCAUUGCUAGCCAGGCAAGCACCUCACCAGUAUAGCUACACUCUAGCUCCUUCUCUCUUAAAACAGUUGUUAGCCGGGCAGUGGUGGCGCACGCCUUUAAUCCCAGCACUUGGGAGGCAGAGGCAGAGGCAGAGGCAGAGGCAGAGGCAGAGGCAGAGGCAGAGGCAGAGGCAGGCGGAUUUCUGAAUUCUAUAGCUUAGGAUCUAUAGCUUAGAUGUAUCUUAAGCUCACUUUGUAACUAACUCUUGAGCCAGCCUCCCAUGUGUACCACUUAGAAGCUGGGAUUGCGGGCUGGUGAGAUGGCUCAGUGGGUAAGAGCACCCGACAGCUUUUCCGAAGGUCCGAAGUUCAAAUCCCAGCAACCACAUGGUGCCUCACAACCACCCGUAAUGAGAUCUGACUCCCUUUUCUGGAGUGUCUGAAGGCAGCUACAGUGUACUUACAUGUAAUAAAUAAAUUAAAAAAAAAAAAAAAAAAAGAAGCUGGGAUUGCAGAUGUGUGCCCCAUGCCUGGCCAUUUUAACCAUUUGUAUGUGUAUAGAACUGUGAAACAAGGCUGUUGAAAGGAUGCGUUAGAAACAUGCUCAUUGUGACUAGCUGUCUACUCCUUACCCUGGUAGCCACUGUUCCUCUGUCCCUGAGUUCUCUGUACCUGGCUUACUGCACAUGCGCUUAUCUAUACUAUAGCAUGCAUGAGGAUUUGGUUUGUAAGGCUGACUCAUGCUGGAUGCUGGCGGUGCACAGCUUUAACUUAGAGCUGAGAGGCAGAGGCAGGUGGAUCUCAAAGUUCAAGACCAUCCAGGUCUACACAGAGAAACCCUGUAUGGAAAAACAAAAGCAAAUAAGAGGUUGAAUUAUGUUCUGUCACCCGUGGAAUCACAUUUGACUUCCCUCCUCAUUUCGGGAAUCACUUUUACCACAUUUGGGGCAUUUUUAACACAAGAAACUCUUCAGAUUCACAGACACUUUCAGGGUUUUGUUUUGUUUACAUUUUUUCACUCUUUAAUACCAUUUCCUUUUUUUUUUUUUUUUAAGAUUCAUUUAUUUAUUUUAUGCAUAUGAGUACACCAUUGCUCUCUUCAGACACACCAGAAGAGGGCAACAGACCCCAUUAUGGAUGGUUGCUGCAAAUUGAACUUAGGAUCUCUGGAAGAGCUCUUAACCACUGAGCCAUCUCUCCAGCCCACUUUUUCCUUUUAAAAAAAAAGUAUUUUCUGCAUGUAUGUCUGUGUACCACGUGCAUGCCUGGAGCUGUGAGUGUGAGGUCCUCUGCUGCUCCCUGAGCCACAAUACCCUUUUUAAACUAUAGCACACCCAUAGGAGUUGAGAACGUACCCAGCAGAGCUGCCUCCUCACCCAGCUCCUCAUCACUCUGUGCCUACGGCCCAGGUGAUGGCGCUUCUUGUUUGUGUGACUUUCUGGAUUAUGUACGUGCCAUUCUGGACUUGGAUUUUACAUAUAGCACACUGGGUCAUGCCUGUGGUAGAGGCAGACGCAGGAAAGGCUAGCCUGGGCUAUGUAGCACACUGUCUCAGAAAACAAAAGAAGUAACAAAGCCACUGUGGUGGCACAGGCCUGUAACCCUAGUACCUAGAAAUUGGAGGCCGAUCAGGAGUUCAAGGCCAGCCUUGACUGUAUGGCAAGUCUGAGCCUAGUCUGGGUGAGCUGCAAGAAAACUUGUCUGGAGAAA